CGCGCGCUCAAGGUUUGGAUGCUGGCGCGCAUGGGUAAAACACUUGCAGUUCGCAUGUCAGCUGUGGCAAGAAACUUCAUUAAACCUCGACUAUGCCGUGAUAGUACUCGAAUUGUUUUCGUUUUUAUCACACGUUUUUAAACAACUGGUAUUUCCUAUUUGUAUUCUCCUUCAGUAUGGUCUUAAAAGCAAAAACAUGGAAUGUAUAUCUGUGUGGAAACUAACGUGGGGUUUAAAUCUCACGGCUGUUUUGCUUUCCAUCGUUCGGGUGUGCUACAUACAGGAUACUGCAGCAAGUCUUUGAAAGGAUAUUUGGACUUAAAAUAUACUUUACUAUUGAGUUUCUUUUUUCAGUCAGUUUUGGAGGACAGAAUACACAUUUUUACUACAGUUUUGGCAAGAUAAUACAUUGCUGAAAAUGGAGACUGUCAUUGAAAGAGAAUGCAGUGCACUCGGAGGACUUUUUCAAACAGUGAUAGGCGACAUGAAGAGCAGUUACCCGGUGUGGGAUGACUUCAUCAGCAAGGCCGGGAAGCUACAAUCACAGCUCAGGACGACAGUUGUCGCGGUAGCCGCCUUCCUGGACGCCUUUCAGAAAGUGGCUGAUCUGGCAACCGGCAGCAGAGGCGGAACCAGAGACAUCGGUUCAGCCCUCACCAGGAUGUGUAUGAGGCACCGGAGCAUCGAGGCCAAGCUCAGGCAGUUCUCCAUGGUUUUCAUCGACUGCCUGAUUAACCCUCUGCAAGACCAGAUGGAGGAGUGGAAGAGAGUGGCCAACACGCUGGACAAGGACCAUGCCAAAGAGUACAAGAAAGCCCGUCAGGAGAUCAAAAAGAAAUCCUCCGACACUCUCAAGCUGCAGAAGAAGGCUAAGAAAGCGGACGUGUUCGGCCGGGGGGACAUCCAGCCCCAACUGGACAAUGCCAUGCAGGACAUCAGUGAUAAGUACCUGCUUCUGGAGGAGACAGAGAAGCAGGCGGUCAGGAAGGCCCUGGUGGAGGAGAGGAGCCGCUUCUGUACCUUAGUCUCCAUGCUGAGGCCCGUCGUGGAAGAGGAGAUGUCCAUGUUGGGGGAGAUCACUCACCUGCAGACCCUCACUGACGACCUAAAGGCUCUGACCAUGGACCCCCACAAGCUGCCCCCUGCCAGCGAGCAGGUCAUUCUGGACCUGAAGGGAUCUGAGAGCAGCUGGUCCUACCAGACCCCUCCUUCCUCCCCCAGCACCACAGCAUCCAGGAAGUCCAGCAUGUGCAGUAGUCUGAACAGCGUCAACAGCAGCGACUCUCGCUCCAGCGGCUCUCACUGCCACUCCCCCACCUCCCACUACCGCUACCGGAGCUCCGCCCUCCCUCAGCAAGGCCCCGCCCGCCUUUCUAGUGUCUCUUCCCACGACUCCGGCUUCAUCUCCCAGGAUGCCUACCAGUCCAAGUCGCCCUCGCCCAUGCCCCCUGACACCCACCCACAGAUCUCUGGCUCUUCAUCCUCUGCCGUCUCUGAGACUUGCCAGCCUGUCAGUGAGGGCAGCUCCUCCUCGUCCUCCUCUUCCUCACCUGCCUCCUCUAAGGAGACCUGCUCCAGCACUAGGGUGGAACAGCUGUCAAACGGGUAUGAUCAUCAUCAUCACGGGCCCUCCGCAGCCCCAUAUCUGUCUGGCGGGGGCAUGCAGGAGGUCUACCCCGACCUCCCUCCAUCCUCCCCCUCCACCCCCCUCGCCUCGCCCUCCUACUCUCCCACCUCCCCUGAGUGGGCAUGGUCGAGACCAGGUUCCGCCCUCCCGGUGGACAGCCCCCCCUAUUGCACCCUGGGACCGGGCAUGAUCCCCUCCUCCAAGGUCCUCACCUGGAAGGACUGGGCCAAGCCGGGGCCCUACGACCAGCCCAUGGUGAACACCUUGAGGAGGACCAAGGAGAAGAGGGAGACUCCAGAUCCCAGCAGCCCCCAGGCCACCACACCAGGGGAUGAGCCCCAGAGAGCCAAGGGCACCAAUGCAGUUAUACAACGGGAGGAGGCAGAGGCCCAUGAGGAGCUGGCCCUGGCUCUGGCCCGCGGGUUGCAGCUGGAUAUCCAGCGCUCCAGCAGGGACUCCCUGCAGUGCUCCAGUGGCUACAGCACCCAGAACACCACACCCUGCUGCUCUGAGGACACCAUACCCUCACAAGUGUCCGACUACGACUACUUCUCCGUGGGUGGUGACCAGGAGUCAGACCAGCCCGACUUCGACAAGUCCUCCACCAUCCCCCGUAACAGUGACAUCAGCCAGUCCUACCGCCGCAUGUUCCAUGCCAAGCGGCCGGCCUCCACAGCGGGCAUCCCCACCACAGCCCCCUCCCCCGCCAGCAUUGUCACUCCCGGGGUGGCCACCAUCCGCCGCACACCCUCCUCCAAGCCCAACCUGCGCCGGCCCUCCGGAGGCCUGGGUCUGGGCCCCAUCCCUGUCAAGCCCCCCAUGAUCCCCGUCAAGACACCCACUGUGCCCGAGCACCCCGGGGUGUUCUUCAGAGGAGAGAGUGAGGGAGGGGGACCACUGAGCCCACGGAGCCCACUCUCUUCAGCGGCUGACAACGGGUUGGUGUCUCCCAAGGCAACUUGGGACACUCAGGCCCCCUCCGAUCCUCCCACUUCCCCACCUCAGUCUGGUAGUAGGCUGUCGGAGUGGGACCGCGAGGCACUGCCGGAGGUUCAGGAGGAGGAGCCCGGGUGCGGCGAGGGGGAAGACGUGCUCUUGGCCAUACGGCGAGGGGUCAAGCUGAAGAAGACGGCAUCCAACGACCGGUCGGCGCCGCGAAUAGUGUGAGGCUUAGUGUGCAAUGUCCACUGCCCCUCAAUGUAUCAGAUUGAAUCACAUACAGUAUCUAUGUCUUCACCCAUAGGUUUAAGAUAAGGGUGGGAGUAUAGAUGCGUGAAAAUACAUGGGAAAGUUGGGGAGGGAAACGGAGCGACAACUGCUUUGACUAUUUUCAAAUGACGGAAAAUAUAUAAUCUUUUAUUUGUAUGUACAUAUUUAUAUUUUGAUGCGUUUGUAUGUUUCGUGUUCAAUGCUCCUCUUCGUACUUUCUUGUUUUAGCCGUCCAUUGUCAUGAAAGGUGCCAAAAGACUUAGAGCUGAAUUAACUUAAAUUACUUUAUUUUACUGAAUAUGAUUCAUAUUUUCUGUGAAACCACAGCAACAAAAACAAAACAAGAUUGGAGGGAGAAAGAUAUAGAAGGUAAGACUGUGUGGAGAAGAGGGGUACAUAGGGAAAUAACCACAAUGGAAAGCAACAUUUUACUUUCCUGUAAUGGCAAGUGUUUUAUCCAUUUUCUUUUGCCAUUGAAAAAUAAAUCAAAUUGCAUGUUCUACCCCAAUUAAUGGCACCCUAAUAAACUAGACCGCCAAAGAUUCAGAGCGAGAAUAAAUACAACUCACUGUCAAUAGGAAGCUUCUUGGUCAGCAAAGAAGGACGCAAAGACUUGCCACACUAACAAUCGAAUGAGUGGUUGUCAACGUGUGUCACAUAAUUUGUCAAUAGUAAUAUGUUGCAAAGGUUUCUACCUUGAAUGCAUCUCUGGUGUCAGUGCAAGCACUCAUUGACUGGUGGCUAUAGAAUAGGUGACUUUACUUUCCUGUUUUUGAAAUGGUAUACAAAGGAUUCAUACGCAAAUAUAACUGGAAAUCGUAACAAGUGCUUGUACUGCUGUGGAAAUACUAGUAGACUCUGUGAAAGCUAGUGGUGAUCACUGGUAACUAGAAGUCAUUCGAAAGGUGAAAACAAACUAAUAGUAUUAGAAUGUCAACAAAAGAAUAUUCAAAAGUGAAAGGUAACAUAGUGGAGUUUGUGAGCUUGUGUUCAGCACCGUGAACUGAAGACAGAAUUCACUAUUGCAACUACCUAAAGUAUUUCACAAGAUGACAUGGCCUAAUAUGUGUAGACAUUCUAAACAUUGUCAUAUCUUCCACUAUAAUUUUUCAUGAACGCCAUACCUUUGUUUGUGGUGUUGUAGACCAGCUUCACUGUCAAACACACAACCCGUUUAAAUGAGAUCGAGUAAUGCAUGUUUUUGUUAUUUUUUACUCAAAUGUGUUAAAGCUCAUUUUUAUACUGAACCUAUUUAUCCCAAUACAUUUCCCCCAUUUGAGAGCAGUUUGACUUUCUGCAUAGUGACUGCAGCCUGAUUAUUUUUCCAUUCAAGACAGGGGAAAUUAACGUGUGGCCGAUGCAACGACAUGCAUAUGAAGCUGAAAAUCCUGUAUGGCUCACAACUCAAUUAUUCUAUACAAAUGGUCUGAUAUUGUCCAUGUAAAACUUAGCUGUAAUAUACUGUAGUAUUUUUCGAAAGUACAGCCAUUGGUGUAAAGAUACGUUGCUAAAUCUUAUGUAUGCUAAAUGGUUAGAAGUAAUCAAAGUUAGUUUUUGGUCAGACUCACACCUUGCAAAUACGAGGUUUUGUCCCAAUAGUCUGCAACGGUUUCCUUCUCUCAUUUCCUUUUCUUCAUGGUCAGAUUCAAGAGAACUUAGCUUACUUAUAUGUGACAGGUAAAAGUAAUAUGUAAACAUAGUGUUAAUCUUGAAGUUCACGGACAUGAGGGAAAAGAGGUGAGGAAAUUAAGGAGCAUUGGGACGCAGAUUGUGGUCUAGAUUGACACACACUAGUACUUUAGCCUUGUGAGUCUGUUGCUGAUGACCUAGAGACAUGUUUGGACAGAGUUGACCUCUUUCUGUACCUCUGACGUUGUCUAAGAUAAUUAUUGUUCAGUUCCGGAAUUCUGUCUCCUAUUUUCUAUGUAACAGUUGUUUCAGCUAAAAAUAAAGAUGUAGCAGAAUGUGCGUCUGUUGAAAAAGGUU